AUGUCUUCUGUUAGCUCUUCGUCCAGCUUUCGCUCCGAGCACAUCAGCACCUACAGUCCAGCUGAGACCCGUUUUGAACCCCUACUGGAUCCUCCCCAUGGAAUCUUCGGCUCAGGGCGACCCCGGGAGUCCUAUGGCUACUCAGGCUCCUCUUCCUCCGUCCACCCUUCAGCUCUGGGGAGCAGCAACGUGGUGGCCAGCGGGGACAAAUACCAGGUCCUGGCCGAUGUCAGCCAGUUCGAGCCCCACGAGAUCGUGGUGACCACCUACAACUACUGCAUCGUCAUCCAGGCGGAGAAGGUGGCGGAAGAUGGCACCGUCUUGAACACCUUCACGCACAAGUGCCAGCUCCCAGCAGACAUGGAUCCCCUGUCCAUCAGCUGCGCUCUGAACAACUCAGGCAUGUUGGUCAUCACCGCCAAGCGGCGACUCCUGACGCCACCCCCUCUCUACCGCAGCGAAGUCAAGCUCUAAGCUGCCUCCCCUUCUCCCACACAGCAAAGCCCCUUUAUCCUCACGCCCCCUAACUUGGAGUAGAGACAGAUGACCCAGCAGCUGUUUCUCACGCUGUUGGGUGGAGCUCAUUAACAGCACAGUUUGUCAUGCUCAACUGAGGCGCACUGGAACUUAGAACUUAAGAAGAGCCCUGCUGGAUCAGACCAAUGGUCCAUCUAGUCCAGCAUCCUGUCUCACACAGGGGCCAACCAGUUCCUCUGGAGGGCCAACCACAGGGCAUAGAGGCUGAGGCCUUCAUAAGAACACCAGAAGAGCCCUGCUGGAUCAGACCAGUGGUCCAUCUAGCCCAGCAACCAGUCUCACACAGUGGCCAACCAGUUCCUCUGGAGGGCGAACAACAGGGCAUAGAGGCUGAGGCCUUCAUAAGAACACCAGAAGAGCCCUGCUGGAUCAGACCAGAAGUCCAUCUAGCCCAGCAUCCAGUCUCACACAGUGGCCAACCAGUUCCUCUGGAGGGCCAACAACAGGGCAUAGAGGCUGAGGCCUUCAUAAGAACACCAGAAGAGCCCUGCUGGAUCAGACCAGUGGUCCAUCUAGCCCAGCAACCAGUCUCACACAGUGGCCAACCAGUUCCUCUGGAGGGCCAACAACAGGGCAUAGAGGCUGAGGCCUUCAUAAGAACACCAGAAGAGCCCUGCUGGAUCAGACCAGUGGUCCCUCUAGUCCGCCCUUCUGUCUCACACAGUGGCCAACCAGUUCCUCUGGAGGGCCAACAACAGGGCAUAGAGGCUGAG